AAUCCUUGCAUCGAGAAAAUUCUUUGGCGGCGUGGGCCUAGCGAUGACCUCGGAGGAGAAAUCCACGUGCCCGGGAGAGUCGACAAGGUUGAUCAGGUACUCGUUCCCGUCUCUGGAAAGCGCCAUGGCUAUGGCGCUCGAGGCGCAAUGCACGGCAUUGAUCAAUCUGCGGCAGCGCUCUUCGAUCUGGAGCGCGAAGGCAUCGCAAUAUCGCCCCAGGAGCGCGCUGCGAUGUUGCGGCCCUGUGGUUUUCGUCCAAGGGAUUCAGCUGGAACACAUCAAGUCCUGGAUCCAAGAUAGGUUUGAGCAUCGCAAGCGCUUGAUCGGGAUCGAUGACGCUGAGGAAUCCGGCGGCUCUCUCGUCGAGGACGAUCGUGCCAAAUUUAACCUCGACCUCGCGGUGAUGCUGGCUGGAUUCGCAUUCGAGUCCUACAAUUCUCCUCCUCCAAACGUUGGGAUUCGCGAGACGGAUGGACAGAGCUGCGAGACUACUUACAUGUCCGAUGGUCUCAUGCGUGAACUGUAUCACGGACAACUUACGGUUAAACUGGAAAAAGGUGUCAGUCUUCCAGGGCUUGAUCUUUGGGGAACAAGUGAUCCUUACGUGUGGCUUCGAAUAGGAAAUUGUGCUAAGCAGAGCAAAACGGCAUGGGCAACAAAAGACCCUGUUUGGAAUGAAACACAUGUUCUAAAUGUUGCUGAUCCUUUGACGCAGUCCUUGAAGGUUGCUGUGUGGGAUGCUAAUAUUCUAAGCGUGCACAAACGAUUAGGAAACUAUGAAGUUGAGCUCAGCACUUUGUGUGAUGGAACGGCUCAUGACAUCGAAAUGCAAUUGGAAGGCAUGGGAGGUGGUGGGUCACUUUAUCUCAAGGUCCAGUACAAGAGUUUUGCUGAUAUAGAUGGAGAGAAUAGCGUGUGGGAAGUUCCUUUUCUGUCCGACUUGAUCAAAGGAGGCAUCGGAAACGUUUUGACGUCGGUCCUUGGCCCGGACGGGAUAAAGGUCCAGGACUUCGUAGGCUCAACGAUCGGUUCGUUACACCUCUUGCCUUCUACAUCAGCUGCUAAUGAAACAUACCAAGAAGCAUCAUCCAACGGGGCAGACUUGAUCAACAGCGUAGCAAAUGCUAUGAAGAACUGCCUGGGUGGUUUUGACUUGCACCCUUCAAGUCUCUGGAAUUUUCAUGGUGAAGACCAUGACACGUUGAAGGAGUCGGGAUUAGAGCUACAGGCUAGAGCUGAAGCGCACUACUUAGAGAAACGUUUAGUUCAUCCGAGCAGUGAGGAGUCCGAAAGUAUCGCAGAGGCGGUCCUUCCCGAGGUUAAGGAGACGUUGCUGAACAUUUCAGGACGUGUGGAGGAAACUCUCGGUUCGUUGUUGAUGCUGGCUAUCGGACGAAGUACUGGAAGUGAUAAGCCAAAUGAUGCCGCAGAAGUCAUUCAGAAUUCGCCUCUACUAGAUGUUUCUCAACGGGAAAAAAUGCGAAAGAUGUUUAAACGAGCAGAGACCGCGAUGGAAGCUUGGGCAAUCUUGUCGACGUCGCUCGGGCGGACGAGUUUUGUCAGAUCCGAAUUCGAGAAGAUCUGCUUCCUAGAAAGCAAGAACACAGACACGCAGGUUGCAGUAUGGCGUGAUCUUCGUGGCAAAAGACUCGUCGUAGCUUUCCGCGGGACUGAGCAGGAUAAGUGGAGAGACUUGGCAACAGAUCUGAUGCUAGCCCCCACCGGCUUUAAUCCAGAACGUGUUGCUGAUGGUGGUUCGGACGAUGAGAUAAUGGUGCAUACUGGUUUUCUAACAGCCUACGACUCUGUCAGGCAUCGGCUUUUGUCUAUUAUCAAGGCAUCCAUCACUAGCAGGAAUGACGAAGCUGGUGAUGCAGAGCUAUCAAAAUGGCAUAUCUAUAUCACCGGGCAUAGCCUGGGCGGCGCUCUGGCAACACUUUUGGCGAAGGAUCUUUCUAAGACGAUGUUCAAACAGAAGGAAGUGAAUCUCUCAAUGUACAACUUCGGUUCUCCACGGGUGGGAAACAGAGCAUUCGCUGACCAGUACAACAAGGUUAUCAAGGAUAGCUGGCGCAUUGUCAACCAUCGUGAUAUUAUUCCCACUGUGCCUCGGCUCAUGGGUUACUGCCAUGUUGCUCAGGCAAUCUACUUGUCCAGUUUAGAGAAGACAAGCGAGCUCGAGGAGGAUGUCAUUGGAGAAGCCACACCCGGUGGAAUCGUAGGAGAGUUCCUGAAAGGAGAGAAGCAGCUAAUCAACAAGCUCAUCCAGACCGAGAUUGCGAUGCUGAGAACUCUCAGGGAUGGAACCGCCCUGAUGCAACACAUGGAAGAUUUCUACUACAUUUCACUGCUGGAGAGGGCUCGAACCGCCGGUACAAAUUGUAAUGUCACUGAGAUUUGUGCCGCUCUCUCCACGAACCAGGAGGAUACCAAAGCCGUGUAGCUGAACAACAUCAGGAGCUCUUGUCCUGUGCGUUACAGCCUUGUAAAAUAUUACUCCCGCGAAAAAUGUAAGUUCUCUUGAGAGAUGCUAUACUUGUUGAGCAGUGUCCGUUUUGCCUUGUAGUUCCACACUCUCUGGCUCUUUGACCGCUUGUUUCGUUCGAUCAGUCGCUCCAGCGUACGACUUGUAGUACAGCGAUCCAAACACCAAAAGCUGCACACGAAAAACUCAAGGGAUGAGCAAACCACAAGCACGAUAACAAGAUGCUCACCAGCUGCAAGGGAGGAAGAAUGAUUUCAUAGAGAUCAUUAAAUGUGAGAUAGUGCACCUGUCUGGUGGUCAUGAUAAUGGCAAACGUGAGCGCUCCAAACGUCU